AAUAAAGUUCGAAGCUAUUCAAAAUUGUAUAUAAAAAAUCAGCAAAAAGGUAUGAAUCGUUAUAUAAUGUUACAUCAAUUGGGAGAUGGUACUUAUGGAAGUGUGGUUUUGGGAAGACGUAAGGAUACUGGCGAGCAUGUGGCAAUUAAACGUAUGAAAAGAAAAUAUUAUUCAUGGGAUGAAGCUAUGAAUUUACGUGAAGUAAAGAGUUUAAAAAAAUUAAGCCAUGCAAAUUUGGUAAAAUUAAAAGAAGUUAUUAGAGAAAAUGAUACGCUAUAUUUUGUGUUUGAAUAUAUGAAAGGAAAUUUGUAUGAAUUGAUUCAAGAUAGAAGAGGGCCGUUUCCAGAACAAGCUAUCAGAAACAUGAUGUAUCAGAUUUUUCAAGGGCUAUCAUUUAUGCACAAACAUGGAUUUUUUCAUAGAGAUAUGAAACCUGAAAAUUUAUUAUGUAUGGGACCAGAACUUAUUAAAAUAGCUGACUUUGGAUUAGCCAGAGAAAUUAAAUCACGACCUCCAUAUACGGAUUACGUUUCAACUCGAUGGUAUAGAGCUCCAGAAGUUUUAUUACAUUCUACAAAUUACAAUAGUUCAAUCGAUAUAUGGGCUUGUGGAUGUAUUAUGGCUGAGUUAUAUACAUUCAGACCACUCUUUCCAGGCAAUAGUGAAAUUGACCAAUUAUUUAAAAUAUGUUCAGUUCUGGGUACACCAGAUCGGAUGGAUUGGCCAGAAGGCUAUCAAUUAGCUGAAAAUAUGGAUUUUACAUUUCCUCGUUUCACCAUGACUGAAUUGUCAGUAGUGGUGCCCGAUGCUAGUCAAGUUGCUGUUCGUAUCAUGGAAGAUAUGCUUCGAUGGAAUCCUAUUAGAAGACCAACAGCUCAACAGGCUUUACGGAAUCCUUACUUUCAAGUUGGAAAUCAAAAAGUAAAUAUGGAAAAUAUUCCAAUUCAACCAAAUUCAGAACUUUUAAAAAUGGAAACUGAAAAUAAAAAGCCAAUAUUACAGCCAAUAAACAAUAACAUUGUGCCUCGUCAAUCACCAGUUAUUCCUUUAGUUAAACCACAACCUAUUCAAGCAGUUGCUCCAAUUGUUUAUAGUUUCAGUACCAAAGAUUAUUUUAAUCAAUCCAGAUCUCAAUCUCGUUUAGCUGUAGUUGUACCGGAACCUCAAACAAAUGUACAGGAAAAAAAGUAUUCAGAUGCAUUUAUUUCCUUAAAUGAUGCUGAUAAGAAUACUGACAAAAAUUUUGACGGCUUUACGGAUAACAUAUUAGGAACUAAAAUCGCAAUGCCAAAUGUCAGUGGGCGUAGAGCUAAUAGAAGAAUUGGUUUAAAUGAUUCUAAUACUGAAAGAGAUAUUCAAGAAUUACUCGGUCAAAGUUGGAAUGAUGAUAUUCCAACAAUAAAAAAUGAAAAUUCUGGAAGAAGAAAAUUAAGCGCGAAAAAGCAAUACAUGUCUGUUUCUCGUUACAUAGCUGGACAGACAGUUCCCAGUGGUUUUAGACGAAAUGAACCACCCAGAGUUUUAAAUAACAAUUUUACAUUUAGUAUUUUACCCACUCGCGAAUCAGCUAAACGAAAUGAUGCAAAUAAUGCGAUGAACGAUCCCUGGGAAUUAUCAACAGGACCCUAUGGAAGACGUGGAGUGAAAAAUAAUAAUUUAUCAGCUCCUAAACAAUAUAUAAAUCAAGCUCGUUACGUUGUUGGAAAAAGCACCAAUUUAAUGGAUACUUUAUUUGCGGAUCCAGGCGAAUUUAAAAAGCCACAAAUAGCUUUGGAGCCAUUGUUUGGUGAUGCAAAUUAUCCACAAGCAAAUUUAUUGAAAAAUAAUAAUAAUAAUCGUUCAGAUUGGAUUGCAAAGUAUAUUUAA